AUGAAGUUCUCCAGCAUUGUCUUCCUCCCACUUCUGGCCGGCGCAGUUUCGGCUGCUGCUAUUCCAGCUCCUGCUGUCCUCGCCGAGGUCGCCGUCCGUGAGGCUAGCCCUCCCCACAAGACUGCACCUUUCAAGGAACGUGAGGCUAGUCCUCCUCACAAGACCGCACCUUUCAAGGAGCGCGAAGCAAGCCCACCCCACAAGACGGCACCAUUCAAGCGCAGUCCUCCACACAAGACUGCCCCGUUUAAGAGGGACGCCGUGGAAGCUCCUUGGAAGCGUAGCCCACCCCACAAGACUGCUCCCUUCAAGCGGGAGGCUAGCCCCCCUCACAAGACUGCUCCUUUUAAGGAGCGUGAGGCUAGCCCGCCGCACAAGACGGCACCAUUUAAGAGGGACCCAAGCCCACCACACAAGACUGCUCCCUUCAAGGAGCGUGAAGCAAGCCCACCCCAUAAGACUGCUCCCUUCAAACGCGAGGCCAGCCCCCCUCACAAGACGGCACCAUUCAAGCGCGAGGCCAGCCCUCCUCACAAAACUGCUCCUUUUAAGGAGCGCGAGGCUAGUCCCCCUCACAAGACUGCCCCCUUCAAGAGAGACCCCAGCCCUCCCCACAAGACCGCACCAUUCAAGCGUGAGGACUAG